AUGUUCAAAGGUUUGAGAAAAAAGGCGUCCAUAUUGUCAUUGUACCCCACAACAUCAAACCAGGGUACAUCGGAUAAUGCAUCAGCUCUCAACUCGAAUAGCAACUAUGAUAAGAUAUUGAAGCAGGUGCAUGAUUUUGAAACUGCAUUGAAAGCUAUGGACUAUCUCCUAGAUGACCGUACAAAUGAGGGGACAGCCUUGUUGAAAAAAGAGGUACAAGCAGCAUCACAGGAUGAUCUGCCUCGUGCUAUUUUCCCGUUGGCUUUAGGAGUUAUGGAGUUUAUCGAGGCUACUUUAGGAUUUGAACCUGAAGUAAUGGCCAAAGCGCACAAGACAUUAUCUGAGGCAGAAAAUGCUUCUAGCAACAAUUCAAAGUACAACACACGUUACCAAUUAUCAACAUCAACAAUAUAUCCACCUGGAACUGAGUUUCAGGUAACUUUAGCGGAGUCCACCUUAUUGAACGCGUUAUUGAUGCUUUUGAAAGAAAACAAUGGUGUUGUCGAAAGUGCAAAAGCCUUGUUCAAGCUACGAAAAGCGUACCAGAUCUUGGAUUCUGUACAUAAAAGAAUUCAAGAACUGGAGCCCACUUUUAACAAAAACUUGGCAAAAUUGAGAAAGAAAGCUGCUAAUGGUGUUGCAAAGGGUAAUGGAGUGUUUUUGAACAACAACAACCAGUCGAUUAGCACGGUUGAUUUGCCUGGAUUUGAAUCCCUUGGGAGCUCUUCAAGCUCAUUACCACAGGAUAUAAAGUUGAUGAAGGAUUUAGAGAGAAUAUUCUUAAUGCGAAAGACUAGGAUUGAAGGAUCAAAUUUGGGCAAUAUUGAAUUGCUCAAUUUGUUUGAGGAUCUGAAUAGCUCAGUCACUCUUGCUAAGCAAAGCUAUGCUGAGCCAUUGGAUGUACAGGACAAUGGAUCAGAUGAUGAAGAGUUUGAAGAUGCUAUGGAACAUUUGGCUGUGAAUGAUGCACCUAGCUCAUUUGUUGGGUCCGGUGCUCAAUCAAUUCUCUCCUCCGUGGAUACGUCUCCUAGCUCGCAAGGAAAUGGGUCAGAUACAUAUCUCCACGUUUCUACAACUGAUGAAUUUAUUCAUUCGGGAGUGCAGUUGUGUUUUGGUAUUUUGCAAGUUGUUUUGUCAUUGAUCCCUCCAGCCAUCGGUGCAGUUUUGUCCAUUGUUGGGUUCAAAGGUAAUAGGAAUAUUGGGCUUCAGUUGUUAUGGAGAACAGCGAUAACAUCGAGAAAUGUACAUGGUGAAUUGGCGUUGUUGUUUUUGUUGGUGUUUUAUGAUGGACCUGUUCAAUUUGUUGAUACUGGAUUUCGCUUGCCUGAAUCUAAAGAGGAUCACAACGUUAUCUCAUUGAGUAACAAGUUGACAGUCCUGGAGGAAGAGUUAGUUAAGAUCAUGGAUAACCCUCCACUUUACACGAGUCAAUUGUUGAGAUCAGCACGUCAGCAUUUUCCUCAUAAUGCAUUGUGGAUUUUACAGGAGGGUAGGAUGUUGGCAGCACAGGGUGAUUUGGUUGGCGCCAGCACUCUUAUGCAAAGUUUCACUGAUGACCCGAAUAAUAAGAUUCAAAUGAAACAGAUUGAAUCGUUGUUGGUUUUCGAUCGUGCUAUUAUAUACAUGUACCUGCAUGAGUACGAUAAGGCAGCCAGGGACUUGAUCCACUUAAUUGAUAUAAAUUCUUGGUCAAAGGCAGUAUAUUUAUUCAUGGCUGCUUCAUGCUAUCUUGAAAAGUAUAGAAUGAUCAAGAUGGGUGUUGUUAAAGGCGAUGAUAUGGAGGCUAAAAAGUAUGCUGAUUUGUUUUCCAAAUACAUGAAGCUUUCCUUGAGUUAUGUUCCUGGACAUGGUCAUAAUGCCCCAAAGAAAGGUGGAUUGGGAGGUAGUGGUAAACAAAUGCCAUUUGAUAAAUUCUUGUUGCGUAAGGUCAAGCAUAUCGAAGCGAGAAAAAAACAGUAUCCUGACCUUCAGUUGGCUGAUUUGGUUGGUACUUCAUUGAUUCACGAAUUGGUGUAUUUCUGGAACGGAUAUAACAGAAUGACUGCGGAGAAUUUCCAAAUUGCAUUGAAGAUGUUGGGUUAUUCUGGGGCGCCCAAUGCCGAGCUUUCAGCAAAUACCAGUAACCACUCAUUCGCAAUGAUUAAAGAGACAGAAGACGAAGCAAUGAUUAGAUAUUUUCUUCAAUCUGUUUGUUUGAGACAAUUGGGCCAAGUUAAAGAAGGUUCGCGUAUUCUUCAACAAUACGUUUUGUCAAAGAUUGUCAUUUCAGAUUCGCCUCAAUUCAAAUUCCAUAAGAUGACUUACAGCCCAUAUUUGUAUCCAACGGCAUUUUAUGAAAACACCAUGUUCACUUGGGUAGAAGAGACAGGACCAAAUUCACAAGUCGAUGUAAAAAAAGCUGUGGCUGAUAGUAAGGCGUGGUUAAAGAAGGCAGAAAUAGUGGGGGACGGUGAUUACGAGUUGAGUAAUAGAACCAGUAUGCGUAUAAAGGCUGCUGGCGAUAGACUAGACCAGUUAGCAAGUAUGUAA